CGGGCAGCCCGACGGAGUGCCGCCGCUUGUCUGCUCUGCCGCCUCCGUCGUUUAAAGGCUCCGCUGCGGCAUCGUCGCUGUUUGCCGAUAUACGCUUUCUUUCGUGCUUUAUUUUUUUCCUUUCUUUCUUUUCCGUCUUCUCGGCUCUUCCUUUCUCCUUGAAGCGGAAAUUUCCGGCCCGAGAAGCGGUUGACGCCGACUUCGCGAGUGACGACGUCUUGACGCCACACACGCCGUCGACGCCGCCUUCGUGUCGCCAGCUCUGUUCGAGCGAUUGUCGUCUUUGUUGUUGUUCUUUGCCAUCCUAGCUUUCCUGGAGCUCUGGCUCUUCUUGCAGUCUGGCGUGUCAGUGACUGAGAAGUUGAGCGAAGAGGGCCCCGUCUUUUACAUCGCCGCUUUCUUGGUGGCUUUCCGAAUUUGGCGCUUCGAAGACCGGUGCCUAGAACUUUGCUGUGCUUGUUUACCCGGUGGAUAAGAAGAGGUGGCCGCUGACAGCCCUCGGCAACCGAACUGAGUCUUCCUAAUUACAGUGACUUUUCCUUUUGUGCUCGAAGCAGACGUGUGUACUUGCGUGCAAAGUACUACCGACAGCACCUUCGGACCUCGAACUCGAUUUACCCUUCGCGCAAACCAGAAAUUGAUUUUGCUGAGCUGAGUGUCGGCGUUACCUUUGCAGUUUGGAUUCUUAAACGACGCAUGCUUUAGUCACUUCCAGGGGACUUAUCUCAACCAGACAAGUGAUCUGUCCAUGAUGUUGUCAUUUUCGUUCGUGCCGCAUGACCCACGCCAAAGGAUUUUAAGACGCACUGACCUUUAUGUGUGUGCCGCUGUGUGACGUUGUUCGCCAUAACUCUGGAUACGUUUUCGUCUGGAUUCAGUGGUAUUCGUGGCCAGUGAAGUACCGCCCUACCGACCAGCAAACUAAGGUCCAGAAUUUUCGGGGUCGUAAUAUGUGAGUGGUUGUCGAAACUGCGUUCUUUGUGUCGAGACUUACAUCGCUGUGCAACCGCUUCUGCAAUUUAAUUUGUCUGGUGCGCUGUGACUUGGAGAAUAGAAGCACCUGCGUUCUGGAAUACGCUACGGAUUAUGAACCGCUUUAUGUACUGUGGGUAAGCAGUGUACUGAUUUUUGGGCGCAAGUACUAUGUUGUGCAGACUGUAGUGGAUUCCAGUGGAUUCUCUUCUACUCACAUAUAAAAACUAGUGUGAACGAGGACAACAUCGCCUAAUGGUUCGGAUAAGACUGGCGUCGUUUUAAGGGUGAUGACUCUUCCUUGAGAAAUUGUGCACUCUGUGACCUUGAAGGAACAAUACGGAACACAGAAGGAUUUCCCUGGUUGGCAAUUCAACUUGAGGAUUGAGACGUCGCAGAACUGGCUCACCAGGUCACAACCAGGUCGUUCUUCCAUCUGGAUAAUUGCAAAGGUUGUCAGACCAUGGAGACAGAUGCAGAGGACCACAAUUACAGGCACCGCUCUGGACUCGAUGCCGGCCGUGUGAGUGGCAUUAGCGUGUCCGAGAGAAGCGGUGGAGGGGACAUCUUCCAAAUCACCGGAACUGGUCCGGCACGGCUAUCAUCCGACGGCAAGCGACAUUCGCAGGACCAUGGUCGGCAUCACAACCAUAAUCAACAACACCAUCACCAUCACCAGGGCCAACACCGGCAGUCCUGCAGUCGCCACUCAAUCGACGGCACGUGCCGAAACAACAACAUCGUCGUCUCUCCCACAGAUUUCUUCCAACUGGAACAGGUGGACGAGAAGUCCAGAAGAGGGCUGAGCCUGGGCAACCUGUUCUCGACGGGCAACCACCACGCUUACACGGCGCUUACCAGAGCUCUGGACUCUGGAAGUUCAAUCAAGUCGCCGCUGGAUUCCUGCAGCGAGUCCUGCAUCCUCGACACGAGCGGCAGUACAACGGCCUUGCUGGAGACCGUGGAAAAAAGCAGCCGCGCAGGAGGCCGAGCCAACAAGAGAAGCCUCGGAGACGAGGAAGAUGACUGCUGCGACUCGGCCUUCCCGCCGGCUGGAACUGGCCGGCCAUCAGGAUUGGCUGCCUCCUGCUCUGCGUGUCCUGCCUGGUCGCCGUGCUGUGCAUCGUCGUGGGCGUCCUGCUGCUCCGGCCUUCGUCCUGCGACCCUCCCAGGCAGUGGUGGCAGGGGGCUGUGAUGUACGAAGUGUUCGUCGCCUCGUUCGUGGACUCUGACGGAGACGGGUUCGGCGACUUCCAGGGUCUAUCGUCACGGCUUGACUAUAUCCGCCACCGGAUCGGGGCGUCGGCUGUCCGCCUAACGUCGGUGUUCAGCGCACUCGACUACCCACUCGAGUAUGAGCACAUCAUUGAUUUUGACAACGUCGACCCACACCUGGGUCACAUGGAGGACUUUACGGCGUUCGUCGAGCGGGCUCACGACGUCGGCCUCCGAGUGGUGCUGGACAUCAACCCGACGGUGACCAGCGACCAACACUCGUGGGCUGCACACUGGCUGCUGGACCCCUAUGGGGAGUACGCGAACUACUACGUGUCCGUGAACGAAUCAGCAAUAAUGAACAAUGGCGUAGAUGAAUGGGAGGACGCUGACGACGACGAUCGGCGCGACCCUCAACGGCCAUUUGGGAACCAACUAUACCUGAACUGGUCUCACCCAGAAGUACAGCGGCAGGUCAUGCGCUCAUUGUCCGUCUGGCUGGAAAAAGGAGUGGACGGAUUCUACCUAAAGCACCUGGACAGGUUGCAGGUGUUCAACGACCGGGAGCUCUACGAGAUACUUCUAGCCUGGCGCCGUCUACUGGACGAGCUGGACUAUGCGGACGAGCGCGGCCGAAUUCUCAUGACUUCCAUCAACCUCGCUCAGGAGCUGGCCGACAGGGAUUCCCUUUUUACCCAGCCAAUCGCUGCCCUCUUCGACCUCCUCGAUGUCCACGUGCCCCUCGAGGGUGGACCAGAAAAUGUCACGCAGAUCAUGGCGUCGCGGUACGCGCAGGUCACGCGGCAGAUGAUACUCGAUGGCCGGGGCACUCGAGGAGAAGUUGCCGACGAAAACAUUACUGGUGUGCACAGCGUCAGUGAGCGACACUGUGGUGGAGUUGCCAACAUGGCCGCGGACCCAUGGUUGAGCUGGAAUCUUGGCGAUUCCGAGAGCCCACGACUGGCAUCGAGAAUCGUAGAUGUCGAUCCACUGGCUGCACUCUUUACACUUUGGGGCAUGCCGGGAACGGUGUCCUUGUUUUACGGCGACGAGAUCGGCAUGAAGGAUUCGCUGGACCAAUCGACCGGACGUCCGUUCAGGACGGGCCAACUGGGACCGAUGCAGUGGAGCGAUGCAACUCACGCCAACUUUUCUUCUCCGGCAUCACGGCCGUGGAUGCCAGCUCACCCUGAUCACGUUAUCAGGAACGUCGACAAUGCCAGCGAAGUCAUCGACACACUCGCCAGAGCCGCGGAACUGAGAAGCACCGUGGUCACACUGUACAUGGCGGGCGUGCCGUCACUUCGACACCGACGGUGCAACACGAAGCUUGUGCGCCGCUGCGGAGAGGUGUUCGCCAUGGAACGUUUCUAUCCACGUCGCGCCAGCUACGCUGUGGUGGCAAACUUUGCGCCGCGAGGAGUCACCCGCGAUCUCUCUGACCUCGGUUUCGAAGGGAACGUGGUGGCCGGAACUUGUUCAAGCCUUCCUACCCGUGUCAACUUUCGCGAGCUUUACUUGGAGCCUGGUGAGGCACUCUACGUGGAGAUCACCAGUUGAAGAGGAAAACAAAAUUGUUCAAGGUGACGUGAUGUGAAGGUCAUUCCACCCACCGCAAACAGACGUAUUCGUUGUCAGACCAACCUUGCGCCAGUCGUCGUAUGUGAACGUUUGGGCGCCAGUGACUCAAGUGUUCAUUCGUGUUGACAAGUGCUCCGAGAGAGCCAUUCGUGGAAAGGAACGGUUGGUGGUGAUGUGAAUAGACAAUGAUUCCACUGACUCCCCGCGGCAGUUCUUGUCACAGCAUGCUUUCGUGAUCCAUCACAUGAGAACAUUUAGGAAGUCAUGACGAGAUAGUCCAUUCGUUUAAAGAACGUUCUUGACACAGGUAUUUGAUAACGUAGUGAGGCGGCGUAACUGUCAUUCUACCUACUUGGUCGCGAAGUGAGUAUAAGGCCAUGCUUGCGUCAGGCAUUGCUUGUACAAGUUUGGCGGCAUUUACGACAGAGAUGCCUCGUGCCAAGAAGUACCUCGGAACAAACAUUUGACAAAAUUACUGGUUGGUAGUAACAUGCCAUGACGAUCAAUCUGUUCCCGAAAAAGUGGACCGAAUGUUUUUGAAAACUUUCCUCUUGUGUUCUAGCCCAUGUGAGUGUCUGUGCGACUAUAGUUGAAGCAAAUAUGUGGAGGACAUUAGAACUUGGGCGCUUCAAAAAAGCACUUGUAUUGUGGCAAAGCGGUUACUUUUGCUGUCAGAAAUAUUUUAGAGGGGAGAAUUGCGGUGCAAAGUAACUGCUUGCCCUUCCUUCACAAAUACUCUACAGCAGAGCAUAUACUGGCAUGCCGAAAAACACCGCAGCAUCUCUUCAAAGCUACUGAAGAUGAUUUAGGUCAUUCGAACGAUUGCCGUAAAGAAGGAAAACUUGACUUUGUGUCUGACGCUAGAAUUGCGACAUUGCGAGAUGUGUCCGUUCCAAAAAGUGCUAUAAGGUUCCUCACAGUCUAUGAUAAAUGACUCUACUAAAUGGUAAAUACCAAUAUCUAGGCUAAAACGAAUGCCGGAUGGGGAGGCACAUUGUUUGUGAAAUCAGAAAUGCCAGAUCCGGAAUAAAUAUGUCGGUAACACAUUUAUGCACUCGUCUACCACAAAAAUUCCAUAUUUAGUAUCAAGAGAGGUUGAAUGAUGUCUGUCUGCCAAAAUUAUUGACAUCGUAGCUAUGAACUGAAGUUGUAAAUCAACAGACGUGGGACACAUGAAUCGCCUAAAAUGCAAUACCCGAGGUACAAGAGAGUUACAGAUUUACUGUGUCAUUAGCUUCGUUAAAAUAUAUUUACAGUCAGGAGAAAGCUUCGAUAUUGAUGCCGCCAUUACACCGUCGUUUCGGUUAUCCCAUAUGGAUGACCUGAUUGAAGAUAGAUCCUUUGGUUAAGAAUAAAAGUGUUUGGUGGUAAAUACCCAUAUUAGUGAUCUUGGGCAAGAAUAAUAUUUUCUCCGCAAUUGAGGGUAUUGCAAUAGUGCACAAAGCAGAUGGCGCCAGCUUACAACACCGCGUCCGUGUCAAUUUCAGUGUCUCCAUUACGAGGCUUGAAUGAUACAAGCAGCAUUGACAAGGGCACUACAAUUUCAUAAGACCGAUAACUAUCUGAAGUGUGUUUUAGAGAGCGCAAAAUAUGCGCCGAGAAACCCGGCUACGGUAAAUGCCUCCAGUACUUUGCUGUACGUGCUGAAAUGAAUAUAAGAAAGAUCACUGGAACGCUUUUGUCGAACUGUUUAAGCAAAAUUUGCAUUUGAGUUCUCUGCAUCAGAUACGAAGGAGGCCACCUUAUAGUCAUUAAAUUGCAUUCAACUUGUGUCGAGUGCGUGUGGGAAUACUUGGUAAAGUGGAGUUGUCUUAUGGGGACGUACAACAGUAUACGCACACAAGCAGACCUACUUUGGCAUAACGAUGCGUCCCAAGAACAGCGUAGAAAGUGCGCACAAUAAGUGAAUUCUGUGAAAAUUCUCACUCGCUACGGCAAUUUAUGUUACAUACCUUUCGGCUCGACGAUACGUAGCCUUUGAUUAGCUCUCGCACGGAAAUAUAAAUGUGGGAACGAAAGAUUCUGUAUUUGAACUUUUUUGCCUGUACAGUUAGGGCAGUUAUUUUUUUCCAAUUUUCGAGGGACCGCACGCAAAUAAAUACCUACACUUCCAGAUGGCUUUUACUGUUCAUUUGGAAUGCCAGCUGACAAUUUAUCACCCAUAUUUCCGUUAAUCUUGAAAUGCAUGUUUGGUACUGCAUAAAAAAUGCGAGAAAACAUUAUUAAAAGUGAGCCCUAAGAGUUAUCUCUGAAACAUACAUUUACAGUGACUGUCACUCACAUUGAUCUUCAGUUGGUGUUCCGCAGAAAAACGCACAGUGUAAGAACGAAGCAUCCUUUACUAAGGAAUAGCCUGCCACUACAAACAACAGUGUGGUCAACAGGUAGUUUUCCUAACAUUCAGAUAGCUAAGGCAAUAAAUUUGUUAGAUGAGUUCUGAAAAUGUCAAUACUGGUUUACGUGUUAUGUUUACAUUUACGUUUACGUGAAAGACGGUGUGGAAUCUCAUUUAUACCGUGGAUUACUGAGCAGCCACCGAACAAAAAAAUAGGAUUCCAUGGAAUGUUUCCUGUGCUUGCCCAACCAGCUCUGACACACGCCUCCUGUACAUAGUGUAACAAACGGUAAGUAGGAAGCCUUGUUGCGUUUGUCUGUCUCAUACUUGACAUGAAUCAAGAGUGUAAGCCUUCCGAUUGUAGAAUUAGAACCCGCACACACUCCUUUUAAGAUCAUCAGAUCGGAAGACAAGGCUUCAAGAUUUAUUCCUUUUUUUGUUUAUAAAGCAGAGUUGUCUGAAAUAUGAUAUGAACUGGGAUGAAUAAACGUUCU